AUGCCUACAUGUAGGGAUGGUUGGGCUCCUCAGGCUAAUGAGGUUUAGACCAUGUUGAGCCCUACAUUUGUUCUAUGGAAUAAUGUAUACUCCUUAUAUACCUGUGGCUCCAUCUUCAUCAUUAUCCUACUUAUCUGGCAAGUGAAAUGGAGUUACCAUGGAUUGAGAUCUGAACCUAAAAGGAGCUGCUCUUGGUGUCACCUAAAAGUCAGGCAAAAGGGAAAAGAUGCAGCAUCAACAGCUAGGAGAUGUUCCCAGAAAGAAGCAGAGAAGCCGUGGGAUCUGCUCUCAGUCAUGAAAAGCCAGCACUGGCUUCCCCAGAAGGAAAGUGUACGGCAGCUCCUGUGUGCAGAUCCUUCCUGCCAAACCUGCAAUGCCGUGGCUCUAGAGAUUCAGCAGCUGCUGGAGGAUAAGAACCACCAGAUGUCCCCAACUUUAUCAGGGCCAUCACAAGGCUCUUCUUGCCUACAGAUGAUGUCCCUGUCAACGGUGUCUUCCGAGCAGAAUCUGGAACAUCAUCCUCAGUUCUCCAGAGACCUUUUACUGACACCUGCAAUCCCAACGCUAUCACAACAAACAGAACAAAAGUACUUAACCCAGACAGUUGCCCAGACAACUAGUGCCAUCAGUAUCCAAGAAUACUUUGCUGAUCAUCUCCAGCUAGAGCAGGAAUUUCAACUAAGUAGGGCUUCUUCAAAGCUUGAGGAACCUAUGGUUUCAAUAAAUGAUCAGGAGAUGAUGCAGAAUAAACCCAACCUUAUCGAGGGGAACCAAGGCCACUAUCACUUGAAGUCACUGAAUUCAGAGUUCACUAACCUGACACAUCCUAUGACCUUUCAUGUGGACUCAGUCCUCCCUGCCCAUCUGCCACUCUUCAGACCUAAAGUUUUGAGGCUUCUUGAAGGACAUGUGAAAAAAUGGAUGCAUUUCCAGAGGUGGGGUCUCCCCAGACAUGUGGAAGAUUCUCUGAAGCAGCUUAUGCCAGACCCAAUAUUGUUUGGCAAAAUUGGAAAAAACCUACAAUUUUCCUCCAUUCUGAAUAGUACUUCUAAGGUCACUUGUGACAAAAUUGGGACCAAUGCCCAAUACACCUGGGGUCCACACACAACCAGAGAGCCCAUUCAGUCUAUCUGGGUUUCUGAAUGGUCUCUUAUAAAACCAGAACAAAGACAACACUACCAGCAAGUCGAGAACUAUGAGUCACUAGCCUUGUCCUCUCCACCUGUUGAAGUCUUAAGAGGCCUCUAUCUAACAUCUGAAGGACAGGCUAAGGACUCAGGGAACAAUCUGCACCAUAAAUACAGGCAGCUAUUCUGUGGCCUCCCCUCUCUGCACAGUGACUCCCUGGCUGCCACUUUCUUGAACUCUGAAAGCCUCUCCAAGAACAAGAAUGUAUCCAAGCCCCCACUGAAGGAUUCUCCUCCAUUCAAGGGCCUCUCUUUCCACCCCUUGCUACCAAAAACACCACCUGAGAUAAACUUGCCCUCUUCUCCACCUUCUCCAAAUUGUGUGUUUCCAGCUGAACAGCAACAAGCUCUUAUUAAUGUCCCAUUUCUGAUUCUAGCUGAAUGUAAAAUCUUGGAAUGGCACCUGCUGCAGAAAUGGUGCCAGCUUCAGUGGGGUCUGCCAGCUGUCAUCCAGAGAGCUCGCCAUGCCCACGACCCCUUGCAGUUUGAGCCAUGGGACAAAGCCAAGGCUUCUGAGACUGGGAAAAUGUCCUGGCCAGGGAAGCCAGUCUCCAGGAAACUACACUUCUUCCCAGGGCAUGCUCGCAGGCUGCUGGAAUUUCACUUCCAGAAGCAAUUGAUUCACCUACGCUGGGGCCUGCCCGAGAAGAUCCAGCAGUCCUUCCAGUUGCUCCUUCCCUCUGCUGAUCAGCAGACCCUGUCCUGCAGCAGCACAACCCUACCCAAUGUGAGUAACCCCCAGCCUAUGGCUCUAAAGGACAAGGGGAAUGGUGACCCAUUCUCACCCAUACUGGCCCAGAUGUCAAUCCCCAUGCCACACUUGUUCACCCAGACCAAGGCAAUAUUGCAGAGCCACAUUGAUUCCAAAUGUGGACAGAUCCACCAGGGCAAGGUCCCUUGUUGUGUCUAUAGCUCCUGGGAAGGCACAGUUCCUAGGGGCCUGGCAGUGGCUCCCUUCCCCUGCAUUCCACAAGGCCAGCCCCUGGAGCUGCAGGCAGCAACUGACCCUCACCUAUAUAACAAAGUUAUGCCCUGGAUGCCAACGGCCAUUGAUCAGCAAAAACAGGUCUCAGCAGUCACUGUCAUUGAACACCCUAAGCUACACUGAGCCCUGUCUCAAGGAACCAUGGAGAAACUGGAGAUGACUUUACAGCACAAGUAUCUCGCCUUCCUGUCAGGACUGCCUGCUCUUUACUCUGUAGCUCUUUCUAUGGCUACGGCUCCAGCAAUCCCUAGCCAAUCUGUAACCACAGAGACGGUGCCAGGGCCUAUGGAAACCCCAAAGGAGCCUCUAGCUCAGAAUAUCUCACUAAAAGAGCCAAGUAGGAGGCUUGGGCCAUGCUUUCAAAAUGACAACGAGACUUGGGCAGACAAUGCAGAUUUUCAACCUGAGGUGCAGGUGGAAGGAACAAGAGAGUCGGUGCCUCUGGAGAGCCAGACACAUCCUGCUGUCCCCUACUCAUCCAAGGCACAUAUCUUGUCCAAGAUAAACUUCCACCUGAGAAAAAAGGUCCUAGAGAUAAAAUUGGGAGUUCCCAUAAGGUCAAGGGAGUCCCAGAAACUAACUGCAGCUGGCCCAGAGGACAAGUCCUCACAGGUGUCUCUUAAUAGUCUAAGCAACCAAGGAAGCACAGUGCUCCAGAAACUGCCCAUCCCACCAGACUCCUCUCCUGCCCCAGAUUCAGACUGGGUCCACCUUAAAGAACACCUGGCCUCUCAGCUGAAGGUGGUGCAGCACAACCAAAAGCCAACUAGUUCCAAAGCAGUGCCCCCUGCUUCUACUCACUGGCCGUCUAAGAUCUCACAACCCAGCAUGGGAAUGACUGAGGCCGAGGUGCUUUGUGUUCAGGUGGAGGCCAGUGUAAACAACCCCAGCCCAGAGGAACCCUGGAGCCGUGAGCCUCAAAGCCCAGGCAAGGACAAGGACUCAGCCCAAAUCCCCACACUGGCAGAAGAGAGAGAGAACCUAGGGAGACCCAAAGCAGCAGGGGACCUCGGAGAAGGGGAUGCAGGGCUUGGGCUCUCUGUAAGCAGUGCAGAAAGACACCCUGAUAAAGAUCAGAAGCCAGAAGAGAUGCUUCAGAACAGAAAACCCCAGGGCUCCUGGCGAUGGACCCACAGCUGUCAUCUUGUGGAUCUCCAGCAACAUAGUUCCUGGUAUCACCCCCAGUUUAAGCUUCCAGAGCCAUAUCCAGAGGUUCCUGGGGGAAAAGAAUCUGAGCAUGACAUGAAAGGCUGUCAAAGAAGGUUAAAUGUCCUUCUCAAACCUGCAAAGAUCCCUGAGAGUUUUCAUCCUGCAAUGGCCCAACCGUCACAGGGCCAGACUUUCCUGGGCCAAGCAACUCAGCAUAAGCAUUGGAAGGGCCAAAUUUUGCAAGGCCAGGUUUUUCAGGGGCAGAAGAUGCCAGCCCAUUCUCACCAGAGGCCCAGCCUUCCAGAUUCUGGCUUCAUAAAUAAGAUGAAAUCCUUUCCGCACUAUAUCAGUGCCAUGACAAAAGCCAAAGGGCAUGUGGACCCCAUCUUCUCUACACCUGGGAAUGUGGCCAAAACUGUAAAAGAAAAUGUUGAAAAGAGCCUGGCUCCAGCCAAAAGCCUCAUGGAGAAAGCUAAAAUUGACACCAAGACCCAGUCACUUCCUACAGAGAGGCCAGUGAGCCUGGACUCAUUAGAUGCUUUCCAUUCCCCACACAAUAAGCUGCAGCUAUGCUCCCAACUACAUGGAUCUGUCUCCAUCUCAGGCCACCCCUGCCACUGUCCUAGACAUUGUCCUGGAGUGGCUGUACCACCCAAUCAGGGAACCUACCCUCGCUCCCGUCCCUCAGCUCAGAAACAUUUUCUUACCCAAGGAGAACACCCAGGGGUUUGACUAAGAGUUUCUAGGCUUCCCAAUUUCUGCAUCCUUUGA